UGCGCAUGCGUGUCCUCUGCUCUUCCUUUCCGACGCACGACCGGAGCAGACAACAUGGGCCAUCAGCAGCUGUACUGGAGCCACCCCCGAAAGUUCGGACAGGGAUCCCGCUCCUGCCGGGUUUGCUCAAACAGACACGGCCUGAUCCGCAAAUAUGGACUCAACAUGUGCCGUCAGUGCUUUCGACAAUACGCCAAGGAUAUUGGAUUUGUCAAGCUGGACUAAAAUCAGCAGCGAUUCCUGAUGGGUUGAAAUCUUUGGAAGUUUGGCCGAGAUGUGACGCCCCAGUUUUGCAAAUAAAUGUUUCUUUUUGUCCA